AUGUCGUUGAAGGCCGGACAUCUCGCGCAGAUGACCAAGCACAACCAGGGAUUGUUGAGUGUUUUGGAGCAGCUCGAAACCUCCAAGCGAGAGCUCGAAGAUGCUGGUAGUAGGCGGAAGGAGAAGAUCGACCGACUGCGGGUGGUUGAAAAGGACUUCAAGUCUGCGGAAGAGAGGGCGAAUGACGGAGCGCGGGAAGCCAGAGCGAAGCUACUCGCAUUGAAGGACAGAUUGCGAAGUGAGAGUGACAAAGCAAAUUCGAAAAGGAUGGAGGUGUUGAAUUUGGAGGCGCGAAUGAAGGUCGACAUUGAGGCUUUGAAGCAGGCUGUGCAGGUCGUGAAACAGAAGAACCUCGAGUAUGUUACUAGAUGCAAUCGAGAUGAUCAAAAGCAUUUGGAGUUGAAGGGUGAAAGGGUUAAAGCACAACGUGAGUUGGAGGAGCUUAGGAAGCUGGGAGGUAGCAAGCAGAAAGAGUUGAAGGGGGAGCAGGAGGGCAGGGAGGAGUUUGGUCGUAGUAAGGCGGUAUUACUCAAGGAGAUAGAGCAGGAGGAGUCGGUACUGCUAUCACGGAAGAGCGCUUUGGCUUCAGCUGAGACCAGUAAUGAGCAACUUCAGCAGUCUCUACGAAUGCAGGAAAGGAAGAUACGGGAGGCGGCUGACAGGACCUAUACCCUGAUGGACUCUCUGCGAGCUGAGAGUGUUGAGUAUAAGAAGGUAGAAGCGGAAGAUACCUCACAGGAAAAGAGAGUGAAGAACCUGGAAAAGACUUGUCAAAAUCUCACUGCGAAGAUUAACAUGGAGAUAGCCUCUAGAGAGGCUGUCGAGGCUGAGAUGAAGUGA